AUGGCGCGCAAAGACCAAAACCGCGAUGUCAUCCGGGGCGUGUGGGAACUAGCCCGGCUUCACACCCGCGAGGCGUGGCUGUGCUGGUAUCCCGCCGUCUGGGCCAGCUGCGUGGCCUGCGGGUCCGGGGGCGUCUCGCUCGACAUCAGCUCCCUGGGGAGGAUCCUCUUCGGAAUAUGGGCGAGUGUCACCUCCACACACUGCGCUUUCUGUACCUUCAACGAUAUCUGCGACCGGAACCUUGACGCCCACGUCGACCGCUGCAAGACCAGACCACUCCCCGCGGGCCUCAUCUCCGUCCAGGAGGCCAUGGUGGCGUUCGCAGCGUGGGUGCCAAUCACGGUCUCCACCACGCGGGCCACCCUCGGAGACGCCGCCGCCAUCAGCUUCAUCCCCGUGUGGCUGCUGAGCGCCGUGUACCCCUUCAUGAAGCGCCUGAUCCCGUUCCCCCAGGUGGUGCUCGGCGCCAUCAUCGGCGCGGCCGUCUUCCCCGGCUGGGCCGCCGUCACGGAACGCGUCGACGACCUGGCCGGGCCCCUCCCGCUGUUCUGGGCCACGUUCUUCUGGGUCAUUUACUUUGACAUAUUCUACGCGACGCAGGAUGCGUCAGAUGAUGCCAAGAUUGGCGUCAAGUCCCUGGCCGUCCUUCUCGGCAAGCAUGUCCACCUGCUCCUCGGCGCGCUUGGGGUGUUGCAGGUCUCCUGCUUUGCCCUGGCUGGCUUCAGGGCGGGGCUGUCAGUAAUAUUCUGGGUCCUGGGCCUCGGGGUCUGGACUGUCAACAUUCCACGGCAUGUCAGAUCACUCGAUCUAGACGACCGAGAAUCUGGUGGCCGCAUAUUCAGGGCGAAUAUCAAACUGGGGCUGUACUUGACCGUGGUCAUGCUGGCUGAGCUAGCAUUCAGGCACGCAUAUCUGCAACAGCUGGUUGCAUCACUCAAGGGAAGGAUCAUGUAG